CCUCGGUUUUUACUGCCCCUGGUGGUAUUGACUUUUUUUAGUUACAUAUCUUCGAGAGCAGUCACUGAAGAGGGAGAAAUUGGUACGCAUUUUUAAGGUUAAUACUGGACGCGAUGAUCAUGCCAUUAUGUUGUUUGAUGAUUACUUGAGUCAGAUUGAGCAUGUCAUUAAGAGAGUGGAAGAAAAGAAGCAACAAAAUCUUCCCGUUUUUGAAUGGUUCAAGGCACACGUCAUUUCUUCAAAGCUGGAUCCUUAUAUCAGUCAUCAUGAACUUUGCUCUCUUCUCUCACUGGGGGGAAAAGUGGAAGAUGAGCAUGUCUCCCUCUUGAUAAAUGGAGGCCUUCUUACUGGCCAACUUAUUGAUCUAAACAUGUACUGGUUUGCAAUUCCGAAUGUUGGACUAGUGCUCAAGGGGAUUUCACAAGGAAGAAAUGAGCUUUUAUCUUUACUCAACCGAAGAAAUUUCAAAGAGAUGACAAUGGCCACUCUCGAAAAGAAACGCCUUCGACUUUCACCCUUAGAUAUGAGAUUUCAUCUCCGCGAUUUGAUAGGAUCUGGUCGUCUCAGAACUGUCGAGACAUCUAGUGGCUUGAUUGUCAGGGUCUCAAAAGAUUGAAACUCUGGAUCAUGUGUUUUAGAUACUGAUUUAUUUGCAAUGCUUCAAGUGAUGAUCAGUCCAGCCUGUUCUCCUGCCUAAUUUAUGGAUCUAAGAAGGACAAUUUGAUUGAUCCGAGAUGCUCGUGGAAGAAGAAUAUCCUUUGCUUUAAUCAAGGGCCAGGAUUAAACCAAAAAAGAAAACAAAAGAAAACAAAAAUGUGUGAUGACAUUCCCAGGUACUGUGAUUCUGGCCUUUCCCCUCUUGUUAUUAUGUUAUAGAAUUGAUCCAAGUGAUGAUGUGAGAGGGAUGUGUCAUUAUCACCACCCCGAACUACUCUCAUGUUAAUCCAAUUCAUAACCCCAUUUUUAACGAGCC